AUGUGCGAUGUGCUGUUCACAGCUGCCACUCCAACAACUACUUCAUCCACCACCACGACACUGGGAAACACCGAUGCCACAACAACGUCCGAUACAACCACAUCCUCCUCCCCCUCCUCCACCAAGAAUGUCUCUCCUGUCCAACAGCCCCCUGCGCCUGAUACUCUGAAAUCGGCGUCCUCUUCGUCCUCUUCGUCACAUACUGGUGCAAUUGUCGGUGGGGUCAUUGGCGGAGUCGCUGCGAUAGUCAUCGUGGCUGGGCUGAUCUGGUUCUUCAUGCGCCGCAAUCGGCGGCGGCAGCAGCAGCAGCAGAAGGAAGAACCCGUCAUGAUCGGCUCAUCAGAGAUGAGAGCACCGGUAGAACUUGAUGCCCAUGGAAGUGGUCCGAGACAUGAAUUGGCAUCACCUAUGGAGGAGAUAAAGGGGUAA